CUCUGCACAGAGAGACGUGUAUAAAGCCCUUCCAUGGCGAUUGGUUGAACUCUGGCAAUUCGAAGGUCGACCCGAUUUGGAUGGGAGCUCAGAAAAGCAUCCAUGCCGGCAAAGAAAUGGAACCGCGGUCGUUGAACGCUGUCUUGUUUCUUUCUCACCGCACGCUCCAUGGUUUCUGGAAGUGAAGCCAAGAUCGACGUUAACGUCGAUUUCUCUCAAAAGCUAUGCGCUUCUCUGAUGCUCCCCUCGUUCAGGGGUUCUCAGAGUCCGCUUUCACUGAUAAUAGGGAGUCUUUGCAUCAAACACCCAAACCUCUUUGGUGGGAGUGAGAAGCUUGAUGUUUCGUGGGAUAAGGGCCCGUAUGAUUCCAAUGCAUUAAUAGCUUAUAGGAGGCCGCGACCCGAAUGGCUUUCUCAGCAGUCAUUUGUAAUUCAGCAUUCUGUUUCACCUGAGAUUGGGGUGCAUGGUACGCCUACCGAUAAUUUCUCACGUUCAGGGAGUGGAGGCGUGAAUCUGUCGCAAUUCUCGGUUGGACUGGAUCUAACAGAGCCUGCAAAUUCCAAUUGGAGCAGCACAACGAGUAUCAGAUUUAAGCAUGUUCGGCCUCUAAACGAUGAUGGUCGCUCCAUAAGCAGGGAUCUUGAUGGGUUACCUGUCACUUGCAGCGGGAGUCCCCACGACAGUAUGGUGGUUUUGAAGCAAGAAUCUCAUUACGCGAAGGCAAAUGAUCACAGCUUUUUUCGUCUUAGAUUUCAAAUAGAGCAAGGAAUUCCUCUUCUUUCCAAGUGGAUCAUAUUUAAUAAGCUCAAAUUUGUCGCGUCAAAGGGAGUCAAAUUGGGCCCUGCAUUUCUCUUGACAAGUUUGACAGGCGGUUCGAUUGUAGGAGACAUGGCUCCAUAUCAAGCAUUUGCUAUUGGAGGUCUUGGCAGUGUGAGAGGUUAUGGUGAGGGUGCAAUUGGAGUUGGGAGAUCAUGCCUGGUUGCUAACAGCGAAUUCACAUUCCCUCUGAACGAGACACUGGAAGGUGCAAUAUUUUUGGAUGGUGGGACAGACUUGGGCUCUGGUCGUCAUGUACCCGGAAAUCCAUCUCUCAGGCAGGGAAAACCAGGUUCGGGAAUAGGAGUUGGAUACGGCCUCAGAUUCAAGUCUCAGUUUGGUCAUUUCCAAGUUGAUUGUGCCAUCAAUGCAUUUCAACAGAAAACUCUCUCUUUUGGCAUCAGCAACCUCACUUCAUGACUUGCUUCAACCCUGAGGGCCUCAAACACCAUUUCUUCUGCCUCUUAUUUAAGAGCUGAAGCUGAUUGAUGGCAGUUCUGCUCAGCUCUGGACAGUACAAUUACCUGCCUUUUUUGUCAGCAUUCCGUUCGAUAGUCUGGACAUGUCGGGAGUAGAAGCUGUAAGCACUCAAUCCUCUUCAAAUUUAGGAAACUCACAAAGUGAAAGGGAUGAGCAUUUUUUACAGAGAGAAGCUAGAGGCUGGGUUCUGGUUCAAUUUUCAAAUCCUUAUACGUCUAAUGUUUCCAGAACUGAGAUUCAAGCGAGACUUACCAAGCAAAAAGUUACACUCU